AUGAAACUGAUUUAUUUAUUACUACUUCUCGUUACAUGCUAUACAGACGGGCUCAAUAUACUUGGAAUAUAUCCGUACCAGGGGAAGAGCCAUUUUUUCGUAUUCAGAGUUUAUUUACGCGAAUUAGCUAAGCGAGGCCACAAUGUUACUAUUAUUUCACAUUUUCCCGAACAAGAUCCACCGGCAAACUACCACGACAUCAGUCUGGCGGGAACAAUCAAAAUAACGGAAGACAACCAAUCCGUUCGGAAUUCUUACUGGUCUGUAUUCAGUGCCGCUUUCUACCUCGCAAUUUCUGGUAAAGAAAACUGUCAAGUAAUGUUAGCUAAUAAACAAGUGCAAGAACUGAUCAAAAGUAAGCAAAAGUUUGAUGUGGUUGUUGUCGAACAGUUCAACAGUGAUUGUGCGUUAGGUGUAGCUUAUAAACUAGGUGCUCCAGCGAUCGGAAUGUCCUCACACACACUAAUGCCUUAUCACUAUAAGAGAUUAGGCAUCCCCUACAACCCAUCAUACGUGCCCUUUCAUUUCCUGGAGGGGGGAACUAAGCCAUCUCUCUUUCACCGAGUCGAGAGAUUGUUUUUUGACUUCUUCUUUAGAACGUUUUAUUACUUUGUAAGCCAGCGGAGUGAUCAAAACACACUGGCUGAAUAUUUUGAUGACAUCCCUCCGCUAGAAGAACUGGCUAGGAACAUGAAAUUUCAUCUAUUGUAUCACAACUUCAUUUUAACCGGGUCAAGGCUGUUCCCAUCCAAUGUGAUUGAAGUCGGCGGCUAUCACGUUAGCAACGCCAAUCCUUUAACUAGUGAUUUGAAAAAAUUCGUUGAUGAAGCUGAACAUGGAAUUAUAUUCAUAAGUUUUGGUUCUGUUAUCAAGAGCUCAACUAUGACAACGGAUAAAGUAGAAGCUAUUUUGGAAGUUAUGAAAAGAAUGCCGCAGAGAUUCAUAUGGAAAUGGGAAGACAAAUCAUUAAUAGUUGAUAAAAACAAAUUAUAUGUGUCUCAUUGGCUGCCGCAAGUUGAUAUUUUAGGACACCCGAAAACUUUGGCGUUUCUCUCACAUGCGGGAAUGGGUGGAAUUACCGAGGCCAUUCAUUUUGGAGUACCAGUAGUGGCCAUGCCUUUCUUGGGCGAUCAGCCUGCUAAUGCUGCGGACGUCGAAGAGAGCGGUCUAGGAAUUCAAUUGCAAUUCAGAGAUUUAACAACUGAGAGCUUAUUGAAUGCGUUCCAAACUGUUUUGAACACCACAUUCCGUGAGAAGGUAAAAAAAGUCUCGAAAGCAUGGCACGACCGACCAAUGCCCCCUUUAGAAACAGCAAUCUACUGGACCGAGUUUGUUGCCAGGAAUCCAGAUUUGAAUUUUAGAACGGCUGCAGCCGACACUCCUCUAUACCAAUAUAUUCUGCUUGAUGUAAUAGCAGUGCUAUUAACACCACUUAUUAUUAUAUUCGUCGCAUUGAAACGUACAAGAAAAUCUUCCGCGCCAAUUGUAAAAAAAACGAACGGUAAAAAGAAAUCAAAGAAAACUUGA